GCGACUCGGUCUCCAUAGAAAGGGCCAUGGUCAACCACGCCGGUGGCUGUAACCUGAAAGCAUAGUAGAGUGGGCAAGGGUCUCAGGUGCCCAAUGUGCACUCCUCUCACUGGAGCAAGGGUUACAGAGUAGGAAUGCCACCCUCUUCCAAGAAGUUAAGAUGGGAAGGAACAGUACAAAGACAGGCACCAGGAAUGCCUGAAGACCGGCGUCCUUUCAGCGUGUACCCGCGUCUGAACUGGCACUGAUCAUUGGCCCACCUUCCAGGUAGGAUACGCAAGGCCAUGUAUCACACUACAAAUCCCAGUGUGCACCACGCCGUCGCCGGGCGGAAGCGCCAGCUGGAACGGCGUGAAGCACUACGGUGAUUGUAGUUCCCAGCUGUCGCCGCAUUACAGCCUGAAUCGCUGCACGCACUGCCUCCCCACAUGCCGCUAGCAUGCUGCCCCUACACGAUAGGGCUUCGCCUGUCUCACCCGCAGCGCCGACCCGAUGCAGUGGUUUCCUCUCGAGAAAACGGGAUACUCAGGGCCCUGCCGCGCGCGCCGCCGCUCCGUCGCGGAGCCGCUUCACUUCCGGGUGCGACGUCUACCCACCCGGACAUCCUGGUACGAGCUCCCCCCGCCCCAACCUGUGAAUCGCUCUGCGCAGGCGCUGUUGAGCGGACGGCUACACGGGUGUGAGAAUGCGCAGGCGUGGGUGACCCGGCGGCCCAGACCUCGGGGCUGUUUCUGACAGGUGUUCCCAGGGGUCGGAGAGGACCUGGGCCCCGCUAGCGCCAUGGGCAGCGGCUGCCGCAUCGAAUGCAUAUUCUUCAGCGAGUUCCACCCCACACUGGGACCCAAGAUCACCUAUCAGGUCCCUGAGGACUUCAUCUCCCGGGAGCUGUUUGACACAGUCCAGGUGUACAUCAUCACCAAACCAGAGCUGCAGAACAAGCUCAUCACUGUCACAGCUAUGGAGAAAAAACUGAUCGGCUGCCCCGUGUGCAUCGAGCACAAGAAGUAUAGCCGCAAUGCCCUGCUCUUCAACCUAGGCUUCGUGUGUGACGCCCAGGCCAAGACCUGCGCCCUUGAGCCCAUUGUCAAAAAGCUGGCUGGCUACCUGACCACACUGGAGCUAGAGAGCAGCUUCGUGUCCACGGAGGAGAGCAAGCAGAAGUUGGUGCCCAUCAUGACCAUCCUGCUGGAGGAGCUAAAUGCCUCAGGCCGGUGCACUCUGCCCAUCGAUGAGUCCAACACCAUCCACUUGAAGGUGAUUGAGCAGCGGCCUGACCCUCCUGUGGCCCAGGAGUAUGAUGUGCCUGUCUUUACCAAGGACAAGGGGGAUUUCUUCAACUCACAGUGGGACCUCACCACACAACAGAUCCUGCCCUACAUUGAUGGUUUCCGCCACGUCCAGAAGAUCUCGGCUGAGGCAGAUGUGGAGCUCAACCUGGUGCGCAUUGCCAUCCAGAACCUGCUGUACUAUGGUGUUGUGACACUGGUCUCCAUCCUCCAGUACUCCAAUGUGUACUGCCCGACACCCAAGGUCCAAGACUUGGUAGAUGACAAGUCCCUGCAGGAGGCGUGUCUAUCUUAUGUGACCAAGCAAGGGCACAAGAGGGCCAGUCUCCGAGAUGUGUUCCAGCUGUACUGCAGCCUGAGCCCUGGCACUACUGUGAGAGACCUCAUUGGCCGCCACCCCCAGCAGCUGCAACGUGUUGAUGAACGGAAGCUGAUCCAGUUCGGGCUUAUGAAGAACCUCAUCCGGCGAUUACAGAAGUAUCCUGUGCGGGUGUCUCGGGAGGAGCGGAGCCACCCUGCCCGGCUUUACACAGGCUGCCACAGCUAUGAUGAGAUCUGCUGCAAGACAGGCAUGAGCUACCAUGAGCUGGAUGAACGGCUGGAAAAUGAUCCGAACAUCAUCAUCUGCUGGAAGUGAGGCUGGUGGGGGCUGGACCUGGCUCACCACUGUGGCUACUGUCUCCUGCUAAGCCCUGCCUGGUGCAUGAGGGCUAGACCAGCAGACUAGUCUAUACUGUCUCCAAGUUGACCUUCACUUCUGUAAAUAAAAUCAUCCAUUUCCACCUACCUUUAUUGAGUACUGCCUCUGAGCCAG